AUGAAACGUGCUCCAACAGACACAAACGGGACAAGGCUGGAGCUUGGCACGAGGAACACGGGCAAACUGGAGAUCUGUGUCGUGGGGAGCGGUGGCCCCGACAAGGCCGUGGGGAACGCGCAGCCCCGCAGUGAGAGCUCCCGGUGCCACGUGGAGCAGAGGGACGUGGUCCCUGGCCCUGGCUCCUGGCAGGCCCGCGGAGGAGCGUCAGCGCUCAAGUGCUUUCUUUUAUUUCUGAUCUUAAUUCUCUCGUCUUUGUUUUUGUACACAGUGUGUCGAGAUUUUGCUGUUCUGGAAGAUCAUACCUUGGCCCAUAACCUACAAGAGCAAGAGAUUGAGCAUCACUUGGCGACAAACAUUCAGCGUAAUCGUCUAGUGCAACAUGACUUGCAGGUGGCCAAGCAACUGCAAGAGGAGGAGGAUCUGAAAGCACGUGCUCAAAUCCAGAAACGCCAAAAAGACCUGGAACGACAGGACUGCGAGAUAGCUCAGGAGAUCCAGGUGAAGCUGGUAUUUGAAGCAGAGCAGCGACGCAGACAAGAAGAAAAAGACGAGGACAUUGCUCGUCUCCUCCAACAAAAGGAGUUGCAGGAAGAAAAAAAGCGCAAGAAGCACUACCCGGAAUCCCAAGGACACCCAGGCUACGAAGACAGUUAUUAUUCAGAGAAUGGAGGAGCUAAAUCAAGGGGAUCAAAGCAAGCUAUUUAUGACAAACCUCGAAGGGAACAGGAAUUAUCUGAUGCAGAGAUUGCUCGGAAACUGCAAGAGGAAGAGCUUUUGGCCAACCAGACGGAUGAGAAGGCAGCUCAAGUAGCCCAAGAUGAGGAAAUAGCCCGUCUCUUGAUGGCCGAGGAGAAGAAAGCUUUCAAGAAAGGGAAGGAACGAGAAAAAUCAUCUCUUGAAAAGAAGAGGCAUGAUCAAGACUGGAAGCACGAUGGAAGUGAGUCAACGCGCUCAAAGUCAAAAGAAGGGCUUGAACCUCAGCGGCACAAAGGCGACAGGUCUUCACGGUCACAGCCUCUGCUUGAUGACUUUGAACACUCUCGUUAUUACACAAGUCAGCCUAGCCCCUCACGCCAGUUUCCCAGACAUGAGCACUCUCCUAAAGGUUCCCGUAGGAAGCAGUAGACUGCUGGCCUUUGCUUUGGUACUGACUCUUCUGUAGCAACCUUUACUGGAAUUGCCAGGCAACUUUCUCGAUUCCUUGCCCAACAGGAGGUCCACCCUCCACCCUCAGGAUCUCCUCUUUAACUGUCAUCGUAUUAAUCAGGAACAUUUGUUCAUUUCAGUUUCUUAGUCAUAUGUGAUCACUUAAGCAGUGCAGUACAAUCUAGCCGCUACUGAGCUGCGUGAAUCAACUAGCUG